UAGGACGUCAGUUUGCGACUCUACCAACCGACCACCCUCAAGCUCUCGCAGCAAUAGAACGACGCAACAGGACAGGAGAAAGUUCUGAAGUCGUCCCGGAGCACCUUGACUGCGAUAAAGACCCACGAGCGGCGCCAUGGGCUGGUGGGACAGCCUCUGGUCAUCUUCGAGGAGCGACGACCCGCUAGGCAAGCUCGACCCGAAGCUGCGAGAAUACCUCGAGAAGGAGUCGCCAGUGAAGUACGGCGCGGCGAACACGACCACGAAAAGAAACCCCACGCCGGCCGAGAUCGAGGCGACGAGACAAGCAUUCAUCGAGGCCGACAAGAACGAGCCGGCAGUACCCGCAGAGAGCCUGUACCAGGAUGGCCGCUAUGCGCACCUCUGGAAGUCGUACAAGCCGCUGGCGCAGAUAGAGAACGAGACCAAGAGCGACCACGAGAAGCUCAUGGACGUGCUCGAGGGGUUCAAGGACCGCAAGGAGCAGAUUGGCAGGGCGGCCCUCGAGAACUGCGCGCUGGAGCAGUCGGACUGGCGGUCGUGCAUGUCCAACCCCAGCGUCACGGAGCGCCUGACGCUCUGCCGGACACAGGUCAAGAAGUUUGAGAAGUGCUAUACACAGCAGACGAGAUUACUGAAAGCGCUCGGCUACCUGUCGACGGCAGAUCGCUCGCCACAGGUCGAGGAAGAGAUUCAGAUGCACGCAGACGCGCUUUACCAGAAGAUGCAGGCGCAAGAGGCCGAGAUCGAUGCCGCCAAGGCCGAGGGCCGACCGCUACCGACCUUUGAGCCCUUGAUACCGAAGCAGGCAGUCCGCAGCAUCGGCCCGGAGCGCCAGCUGACCCCCGAUCAGCAGGCGGAUCUCCGCGCAAGGCUGCUCAAGGUACCCGAGGAGGAGCGGGCAGCCGAGGAGGCUGCCAUCAGAGCCGAGUUCCGAUCCAAGGCUGAGAUAUCGGCCAGAGUGCACGGGCUCUGGGAGCAGCAAGAGAAGGAGCGCAUUGCGCGUAAAGCCAAGGGCGAGGAGACCGUCUGGGACAAGGUGACUGGCGUGUUCAAGUCUGGUGAAAACGCCGCAUCAUCAAAUGACAACAGUGCUGAGAAGAAGUGAUGUUGUUCACUACCUGGACUUUGGGGAAAAGUACUACUGCCCAUCACUCGCGCGGGACACUUCAGUAUACCAUGUGCCGGUGUUUGUUGGCAAAUAAAAGGGCUGGGAACAUUGCCCAGCGUGGUCCUGCUGUAUAAUGGCUUGUAACACUUUUUGUAUCAUGACAUAUAGAUAAUGAGGAACGACACUGCCCAUCAGCCGUGGCAUGAUGUAUAUAUUGCCAAGCCCCGGUGUCUACUGAUGUGAAUCGACAUGAGUGGAGAAAAGCACAGACAUGAGA